AGAACUAGAUUAAUUCUUGAUUUCUAAUGCUAAAAUGCCAUAGGAUUCUGUGAAUAUGCAGCAAGCUGUUGGAAAUCCCUCUGAUGUUUCCACAGCCUUCUACUAGGAGAGGUCACCAUAUUAAUCUAGUAGAGGAACACUAAGGAUACUGUGAGGUUAAUUUCACUCAGAUAACGGCAAAACCUUGAUAGUGUUUCAUAAGAAUCCUUCACAAAACUCAGUGUUUAUGUGAAGCACUAAUUUUAAAAAUAAACUAGAAUCCUCCUGCCUUCUUAAAUGGCCUGAUGUGACAGCUGCCCAGGCCUCAUUUCUCUUUUUCUUAUAUUUAUUUUUUUUUUUUAACCUAUGGAACUUUGCCCCUGAGAAGGCAUGUAUUUUAACUGAGAGGUAGCAUCCAUGGUAUCCAGUAAUGAAAGCUGAUUGAUUCUUUUGGGGAUGAACCUUGCAACCCUUACCCAAUUAGCAUCAUCCUCUUACCUACUGAGUUAAAUGCAAUAGAAUGACAGCUCCUCAAGCACCUUUUAACUCUUUUGCCCUCAUUUCAAAGCCCAGCUCAUUGUCUUACUUUGUUAAGAAGCAUAUGAUGUGACUGGGAUAGGGAAGAAAAAGAAAAGCACGUUGUCACUUGAAUGAGACUGGCUUAGAAAUGUUACCAAGUCAGUGUUGGGUGUUUCCUUUCCUUUAAAGAACAGGCCUAAACAGUACCUUCCUCAUCCGUAGCUACUAGGAAGGCACCAUGAUUGAAAUUAGAGAUGCUUCCUUGGUUGAUUUUUAUCAAGCGUAAACUAAACCAGCUUUAAGCAAUACUUAACAAAAGAACAGGAGUGAAAAGUUGCUGCAGUUGUAAAGGAACUCUUUUUAUACAAGUUUUGUUUCUUGAACAAAAAGUGAAUCGUAAGGAAAGAAUGAGAUUGGAAAGUCAGUGGGAGAAACAGCUAUAGACGUAUAUUUAAAUCUUGAGUCUGUUGGAUUUUGUGCAUAUUAUUUAAACUCAUUAAGCCUUGGUUUCUUCAUACAUAAAAUGGGGGAAAUAUUUACCUCAUAGAAUUACCUGAAGGAUCAAAUGAGGUUUUGCCUGUAGCAAAGUAUCUAGCCAUGGUAGAUAUGUAAUAAAUGGCAGCUGUUAUCUAUAAUAACAACUUCAUAUUACUGAAACUUUACCAGGCUAAGAAAGGAAAAAAAAAAAAAGCAUGGGAAGCAUAAGAGAGGGUGAUAAUAAAAUGAACUGACUAUAUGUGUAUAUAAAAUAGAUUACGUUAGGCCUGGGUAUCAUGAGGAUUAGUGUGAUAGUGACCUUGUUGCUAAGUACAAAAGCAAAACAAUGACACAAAAACAAGUAUGCUAAGCGCUGAGUGGGGGAGAGAGAUGGAGACGGACACAGUAGGAAAAAAGAGCUGAUUAAAAAGGGGCCUUUGAUUCCACAGGCAUGAAAAUCCACAGCCAGGAAUUCGUUGCCACCUCUGAGUCAGGCAGGGGUGGGGGUGGGGUACACAAUCCCAUUAGUAGAGAAUGCCCAGUGGAUUUAGUCUGUGAGAGUCACAUUUCUUAUUUGGACCAGUGUAGAUAAAAGCAAACCCAGCUCACUUGUUUCCUGGGACGGUUGAGUUAGGGGAUGGCUUUCGCAGAGCACUCACCGCCGACCCCUCACCGCCGGGACCUCUGUAGCCGCUCUAUCUGGCUAGCAAGGAAGAUUCGUUCAGACCUGACUGCUCUUAUGGAAUCUUAUGUCAAUCAUCAGGGCCUGAACAAGAAUGUCAACCUGGACUCAGUAGAUGGAGUGCCAAUGGCAAGCACUGAUCAGUGGAGCAAGCUGACAGAAGCAGAGCGACUCCAAGAGAACCUCCAAGCUUAUCGUACCUUCCAUGUUAUGUUGACCAAGCUUUUAGAAGACCAGCGGGUGCAUUUUACCCCAACUGAAGGUGACUUCCAUCAGGCUAUAAGUACCCUUCUACUCCAAGUUGCUGCCUUUGCUUACCAGCUGGAGGAGCUGAUGAUGCUCUUGGAGCACAAGAUCCCCCCCAACCAGGCUGACAGAACGUCUGCUGCUGUUGGAGAUGGUGGUCUCUUUGAGAAGAAGCUGUGGGGCCUAAAGGUGCUGCAAGAGCUUUCGCACUGGACAGUGAGGUCCAUCCAUGACCUUCGUGUCGUUUCUUCUCAUCAGACUGGGAUCCCAGCACACGGGAGCUAAUGAUCAGAAAAUGUAGCGGUUACCCUUUUUGCCUUGCUUUCUUUUCUAAUGGAAUAUACAUAGCUCUCUGGGACCUCACUUUCCCCAUCUUAACUUUUUGAAAACCUCCAAGACCACAAAUAUUUUCAUCAAGUAGGGUUAGAGACAUGGGCAAAUGGGCACGUAGGUUUAGUUUGGGGUGCUGUGCGUGUGUUUGGGAAGGUAAAGGACGGGCUGGGAGCAAUAUCCCUUCACCGCAGUGCUCUAACCUUUUCUACCCGGUAAAUAGCCUGUCCUUCCUCACAGAAGGAAUAUAUUUUUAACUCUAGUUCUGGAUGACUCUUCUCAGAAGACUGAGUGAGCUAAAAAUCAUGAACUCUCUAGUCAAUUCAAACUCGCAGAUAAUAAAAAUAGCAACUAACAUUGAGUAUCUACGGAUAUGGAGGCAUUAUGCCAGGGGCUUUAUAUAUAUUAUGUAUCAUUUUCACAACAACCCUGUGAGUGUUUGGCAGAUGAGAAAACAGACCCACAGAGAUUUGUAACUUGGUCAAGGUCACACAGCAAAUGUUCGAACCCCGUUAUUUGUCAUUCCAAAGCCUAUGUGCCCGUUAGAGGCCUGGUCAUGAACCUGUGUUGCUGCAUCUUUAGCUGAGGAGAAUAGAAAGAUGUACCUAUGAAAUAUAUCCCCAGCACUGAAAAAGCAAUCCCCAUUACGUGCCCUGAUAGAGCCGUGGCACAAUUUUAAGUGUCGAAAGCAGUUAUUUGUUGCCCAUACAUGGUAAACAGAGCAGCCGGAGAUCAACAAACUUCUGAACGUAGAAAGCUAGAUAUGUGUUAUAAUACAGCCUGGUUUAAAGUGCCCACUAGGGUUCUUGAAUAUUGGGUUGGACACAGCUUGUACCAGGUUACCUCACAUUUACUAUAAUCAGUGUGACAGUGAUACUGGCGCUGUAACCCAAGCAUUCGUAUACAGCGGGUGGAAUACUACUCAGGUUAAAAAGUCACAGAACCCCUUUGCCACACAUUCUCUGGACUCAGUCAUGAGGAGAGGGUGAGGCCCACUCUAUCCCCACUAGAAAUGCCAGAGAUUGCACCAAUGUACAGUGAAGCCUCCCUGCUGCACAACAAAGAGAGAGGCUUGGGCAUUUAACGUUCCUGUGAGACCACGCGUAGUACGAAAGGCACUAACUGGUCAAUGUGGGCAUUAAUGGAAAAGGUGAUUCCUAGUAAGCCUUGUAUACUAAAGGUGCCUUGUGAGUCUAAAAGGUCCCAGGAGUGUUUUUUAUACUUACGCACUUAAUUAAAAGCCAGUAUGUUUAUUCUCAAAUCUUAGUUUGGGGGGCCCAAAUGAGUUUGAGGCUUCUCUUGAGUUUUUAGAGACAACUGUGUUCUUAAUUUCAGGAAGGUUUAGUGCCCAUAGGUUUCACAAGGCGGGAAUGGGUAAUUCAGCUUGUGUCCAGACUCCAUCGAGUCACUAUUAGGUGAGGACUCUUGACUAGGCAUUGCGGACAGACAGCGUGCUUGGUAAAGUAGAGGGUCAGUGAAAAAGGAAGACGCUCAACAAGAUGGAUUGACACAGUGGCUGCAACAGUGGGCUCAAGCACAACGAUUGUGAAGAUGGCAUACGUAGGGUCGCUGUGAGUUGGAACUGACUCAGUGGCACCUAACAACUGCGCUAGGCAUUGUGGCAAUACAGGGGAAGUAAGGCUUUGAUCUCUGGUAUGCAUUUGUGGAAGCAAGGCCAUAUCCGUAUAAAAUAAGGGGAUAAUACCAGAUUGGGAUUGUAGGGCACAGGUUUAAGUGUUACUGAGUGUCUUGGUCAUCUAGUGCUGCUAUAACAGAAAUACCACAAGUGGAUGGCCUUAACAAAGAGAAGUUUAUUGUCUCACCGUCCAGUAGGCUACAAGUCCGAAUUCAGGGUGCCGGCUCCAGGGGAAGGCUUUCUGUUUCCGUCGGCUCUGGAGGAAGGUCCUUGUCAAUCUUCCCUUGGUCUGGGAUCAUCUCAGCGCAGGAACCUCAGGUGCAAAGGACGUGCUGUGCUCCCAGCACUGCUUUCUUGGUGGUACGAGGUCCCCACUCUGCUUGCUUCCCUUUCCUUGUUAUCUCUUGAGAGAUAAAAGGUGGUGCAGGCCACACCCCAGGGAAACUCCCUUUACAUUGGAUCAGGAAUGUGACCUGGAUAAGGGUGUUACAUCCCGCCCUAAUCUUUUUUAACAUAAAAUUACAGUCACAAAAUGGAGGACAACCACACAAUGCUGGAAAUCAUGGCCCAGCCAAAUUGAUAACACACAUAUUUGGGGGGACAUAAUUCAGUCCAUGACACCGAGUUCAAACGAAGGAGAUGAACGAGAGCCCAGAAGGUUGGCUGAAUACAAAAGAGAGAAAUUAAAACCAAAACCCACUGCCAUCGAGUCGAUUCCGACUCAUAGCCACCCUAUAGGACAGGGUAGAACUGCCCCAUAGAGUUUCUAAGGAGUGCCUGGUGGAUUUGAACUGCCGACCUUUAGGUUAGCAGCCGUAGCACUUAACCACUAUGCCACCAGGGCUUCCAAGAGAGAAAUCAGGAGGAGAGAAAUAAGGGAUAGUUGCCUGGUUAAAAGAAAGCUAAACAUUCGGGUCCAGCUACCAGUAAAAAAAAAAAAUUUUUUUUUUUGAUUAAUUUUGCUUCGUGCAUAACUUUGUACAGGUGUAUAGUUCGCCACCAAAUGCAUAAGGCUAAUGUAAUUUAGCUUUUCCUUAUAUAAAUUGUUCUGCUUAAGAGCAUUUUCAAUUGAUAAAAGUAUCUGCUAAUUAAUGUGACGCUCUUAAAUUUACCUGGGUAGUAUUUUAGUCUCUUUUGUUUAAUGGAGAAGGAUGUCACGAAGAUUUCUUACUGGGGAAUGAUCAGUUAUGAACUAACCGACUCUGAAAGAAGUGACCCCUCCCCAAGGGUGUGUUUUAUAUCCAGCAGAUGUGGCAGGGCAGACAUCUGCAGAGGUUUCAGAAAUCAGUGAAGCCUAGCUUAAGCUCUCCCGAGUUGAGUUUGAAGUAUAAACAUGAGAGGCAGAUCUGAAGAGGCAGAGGAUCCAGAAGAGGUACUGUUGAAUGAAAGGCAAUAGGAAGCGUGAGUUUCAAUUGGGGAACAAAAACAGCAAGUGCUUACUGAGUGCAUUCCCAGCACGCUAAAAACUACAUACCAGUUUCUCCUUAAGAAACUUAACAAUAUGCCUCAAAAGAAAUAUGGAGAAACCCCUUAGAAUAGGCAGAGUGAAGGGGAAAUGAGCACUUAGCCAUAUUAACAGAGACAUGAGCAUGUAUGAGAUCUCUGAAUGUGUAGACAUUGCAUCAAGUUUAUCUGAAAUGUAUAAAGCCAAUUAAGAGCCUGACAAUAGGCCAGUGUUCUAUCCAUGGGUUUUAUCUUAUAGGUAGGGAUGAUGAAGACACUAGAAGUAUAUGUUUUUUUAAGGAUCCACAACCCAAAAGGAAUUUUUGACCUUUAGAUUUUAGAUCCCUUGGUUCUUAGAUAUAUACACGGAUAGGAAAGUUUUUGAUGUCUGGGGAACCAUAUAAAUAUGAAAACUGUAUUUAUAUAGAGAGAGUUACUUGUAAAGUGCAUGCAUUUAAUUCCUAUUCUCUAACUCAUUUUGUAAAGAGUAUUCCUUCCAUCCCGCUGGCCCCAGGAAAGUCCUCUCUGAGAUUGCGUUUUCCUGAAUCCAUCAAGGAAUUGCAUGGGUGAGAGUUGAAAAAUUUUGCGUAUACUGAUUUAAUAGAGUAACUUGGUAAAGGCUUGCAAAUUAGCACAAAUUUAAAGGCCAAGCAUGGAAUAAACAUUAGCUUUAAGAUAAUCAGGUUGGGGGUAGUGAAAGUUUUAGUAAGAAUGGAAAGUGUAAAGUCAUAGCGUUGGUAUUGCUGUUAUUUCAGGCCACUGUGGAUUGAAGCCCAAUGGAUGACUCAUUGUUGUGACCACUGGUAGAGGGAGAGGACAAGUAGAUAUUUCAGGGAGCCACAUCUGCAAAGUUCUUUAGAAUGACGUUUCUGAAUCUUCAGCUUCUCAUGAAGGCAGCUGAACACGCUUCCCUCUUUAUGGGGGUAAAAUAAAGAUGCAGGAAACUGAGGGGCCUCUUUCCCUACCAGAAUGUGAAGGAAUUGGUGAAGAGAAAAAAGGAGGGGGGUGUAAAAGGAGUAAAAUUUGAAUAUUACUCCAAUUGAUUUAUUAAAUAUAUUGUUGCUGCUAUUAGUUGCCUUCGAGUAGAUUCUGACUCAGGGCAAUCCCAUGUGUGCAGAAUAGAACUGUGCCCCACAGGUUUUCAUGGCCAUGACCUUUUGGAAGCAGACUGCCAACCUUUUGGCUAGUAAUCGAGGGGUUAAAUGUUUGCACCAUCCAGGGACCCCUAUUUACAUAUGUACACACUCAUACAAACACACUUUCAAUAAAAGACACUAGCAUAAUUUAGGCCAGGGCAUUCUUUUAAAAAAAAAAUUGGCCUACUGCCUCAUCCCGUCUCUAUGUCAAGCAUCAAACCCAAGAAUGGAGCCCUCUGAACACUGGUACAUUGAAAAAAUAAAAAUGAUAAAAAUUCAUCUUUUGACUCAAAAGUUCGUGUAGAGUCUUGAGGUCUAUAGAUAAUGACAGACUAAAAAGACAAUAAUUUGAUCUUUUGAUGAAAUGUGUGUGGGGUGAGAGAAGAAAAUAUGUGUGCAUGUGACUCUUACCAUAAAAUAUAUUACUUGGCUCCAUUUUUGGCACAUAGGAAAUAAAAGGUGCAAGAACAGCUAACAAUAAAAACUAUGAGUUCUUUGAUUUCUGUAUUUUGAGAUGAGCAAAGGAGGUUUCAAGUGAUGUCAACAUUGGAGGAAAUAUAUUCCCCCCACCCAGGGCCAAGCUCAUUCAAGUGUGCUGGGUAAAUCUUCAGGAUGCCGGGCCACUGGGCUAAACUCCCAAGGCCAGUCAGCCCCUCCACUGACAGGUUAAUGUGCUCUGCCCUCUGGCUAUGCUGUUUUAUCUGCUAGCCUGAAAACGAAGAUUCCUUUCAUAUGAUGUGAUUGUAAGCAUUUGACACCCCCCUCCCCCCAACAAGCCUUUAAAAGGCAGAGAAGAACCCAGAUUAGGCCAUUUCUAAUCAGUUUGAAGGUAGAAAUUAUGGUUAAAAAAAAAACCAAACCUGCUGCCAUCGAGUUGAUUCCGACUCAUAGUGACCCUAUAGGGCAGGGUAGAGCUGCCGCAUAGAGUUUCCAAGGAGCGCCUGGUGGAUUGGAACUGCUGGCCCUUUGAUUAGUAGCCAUGGCACUUAACCACUACACCACCAGGGUUUCGCAGUCAAGUUGACUCUGACUCACGGUGACCCAACGUGUGUCAUAAUAGAACUGUACUCCAUAGAGCCUCCAAGGCACUUUCAGAAGCAGAUCGCCAGGCCUGUCUUCCAAGGUGCCUCUGGGUGGAUUCGAACAGCCAGCCUUUUGGCUAGUAGUUGAGCACUUAGCUGUUUGCACCACCCAGGGACUAGAAAUUAAGUUGUGGCAAAUCGCAAAGGAGAAAAUUUGAGAUGCUGCUGUGAUAUUGCCUAUUUCUAUCCACAUGUUCAAAGUAGUAUGGGGGAGAAUGAUGUAUUUAUUAUUUGCCAUGUCAAGCAGCACUCCUCUGUUUUAUGCCAUGUAAUCUUCUAAGAUUUCUCUCUUUUACAGAGGAAGGAAAUGAGAAUGAGCAUUAACUUGCUCAAGUUCCCUUGACUAGUGUGAUAGGGCUAGAGUAUGAAUUCUGACUCCAAAGCUCAGUCCACUCCACUCCACAGUCAUAAAACGCCUGAUAAUUGAGAUGACGUGCUGAGUUCUAUUCAUGUCAGUAAUUCACUUCCCUUAGAAAAAGCCAGUACGGACUUGUGCCAAAUCUUGCUCUAUGACAAAGCCUACGUUAGUUUCCAAACCUUGGGACAAGUCACUUUUUCUCAUCUUCAGAAUCAUUUAUGAAAUGGACAGGAUGGCAACCAAAUUUGACAGGUCGUUACGUGGUUUAGUCACGAUUGACUAUCUGAAAGUACUUGUACAUGACAUACAAACAUCGCCAAGUGUAUUUAAUCUAGUGUCUCACCUUGGAUUCAGCUUAGAUGUUUGAUUGAAGAGAGAGUCUACAAGAAUCUCAGAAAUAACAGUGGCUUCUCAGAUCAAGGAAACUCUGGUGGCAUAAUGUUUAAGUGCUACGGCUGCUAACCAAAAGGUCAGCAGUUUAAAUCCACUGAAACUUGGAAACUCUGUGGGGCAGUUCUGCUCUGUCCGACAGGGUCGCGAUGAGUUGGAAUCAACUUGAUGACAACGGGUUUGGUUUUGGUUCGGUUUCUCAGAUCAAGCUGGUCAUAGCCUGUUGCACCUUUGGGCCUUUGGCCACUAGAGGCUGACUGAGUCUCACCCACAGCCUCCAGGAAGCAUCCACCUUAGAGCAUUGAGGCCCAGGCAGUUCAGAAGACAACUUUCACAGUGGGAGGGGCCAGACAAGUCCUGGAAAAGCCUGGCAAGCUCCAGAGGGAGCCAAGGAAACAUGCAAAACCAAGGCAACGCCCCAGGAUUUGUUAAAGCAUGCACUUAGAAUCAUCCCCCCCUACCCACGCCCUCCUCUUAAAGGAAAAAAUUCAAACUUCAUUUACUUCAAUCUUUUCAUUAAAUACAUCACCACAAGAGAGCCAAAGAGGUUCAGCAAUCUCUCCUGGUUCCCCAGCUAGAAAUUGGAAGAUUUAGAACUAUAGCUAAAGUUCAGGGCAUUCUCCACUGCACCUCCCUGCUUCCCUGUUCCAAAAAAAAGAAAACCCAUUGCCUUCGAGUCAAUUCCAACUCAUAGUGACCCUAAAGAACCGAGUGGAACUGUCCCUUUAUGUUUCCAAGGAAUGGCUGGUGGAUUCGAACUGCUGACCUUGUUCGAUUAACAGCUGAACUCCUAACUCCUAAUAUGCACCACCCGGCCUCCGUAUUAGACCAAGUUUAUUUGAGGAAACAUCUGAUAUAUCUUACAUCCAGCGCCACGUAGCUCCCUUAUGUCCAAUAAUCCUUUGAAAGCUCCAGGAACAACUCGCAACCUAGACUUUCUGCCACCUGAACCCCACCUCCCACUAUAAUUUGGUGGUCGUACAUGCUGUUCCCUAAUCUGAUGGCAGAAGUGAAACACAUUCUGAGGUAAAUGAAUUCACGUUCAUGUGGUAAUAGCAAAAUAUGCUGUUCUUUCCAGGAUAAAUGACAUUUGAACGAAGUCCCAGGGAAGCUUUUUAAAAAUAAUGUUCUUUAGGCAGAUGUCUGUCUUUAGGUUAGACCAACCCUUAUACCAUGCCACUAGAUAAAAGGUUGGGGCCACUUUCUCUUCUCUUGCUUCACAAUCCCCAACUCCUAUCCCCAAAUCUUGGGGUGGAGGGAAAGUUGGAGAGUUAUACGAACAACUUCAUAGGCUGCAAAGAAAAUCUCAACAUCUCCAACCUGGUUCUAAGCUCUACAGCUCAGUCUUUCAGAGGUGUCCUGCCCUACUCCAAUCAAAUUUAUUGGCAAUAUAUAUUGAGGCCUCCUUUGAGCUAGUACCAAGGAUACAGAAAUAGAUAAUAAUAGUAGCAAACUUUUAUAUGGUGCUUUCUAUGUGCCGGUCAUUGUUCUAAUUGCUUUGCAUGCAUUGUCUCCUUUUGUUCACAUUAAGAGCCCUAUGAGUUAGGUCUAAAACGAAACCAACCCGGUUGCUGUUGAGUCAACUCUGACUCAUGGCUACCCUCUGUGUGUCAGAGUGGAACUGUGCUUCAAAGAGUUUUCAAUGGCUUACACUUUGGAAGUAGAUUGUCAGGCCUCUCCUCCGAGGUACCCCUGGGUAGACUUGCGGCGGAGCGCAUUAUAUCACCCAGAUACUCCAUAAGGUAGGUACAACAAUCCUUAUUUCACAAAUAAAGAAACAGGCACAGAGAACUGGUAGAUUCUAGCUCUUGAAACACUGCUGAUCUCUUGAGAGAGACAGCAAGUACACAACCAACUAUGACACAAGCCAGGUGUGGCUAGUGCCACAGGUAUAACAAAGCUGUGGGAGCUCAGAGGAAGGACAGAUUGGAGACAGCUUCUCUGAAGAGGCACUUUUGGCAGUUACACCUUGAAGGGAGUUGGGCUUGAUAUUUUCAGGUAGAAGCAGCAGCACUUGUGAUGGCUUGGCUGCUGGAAAGCAUAUGGCACAUUUGGGAACAUUUGCCAAGACUGGAGCUCAGGGUUCUCUGAGGGCUACUGUGAGAGAUACGAAAGAGUGGUGUCAAGUGAAGAUGGCUAAAAGAAUCCAUGGAAAACUCUUGAGGAGGGGGAGUGCUAGUCUGUACCCUACAUUUUAGAAAAACUAAUUCAGGGAUCUAUGUAAAAGCUGUAUAGGACAUGAAAGCAGGUGGAGGCAGAGAGGAUGCUGUAAUGCCCAAGGUAAUGUGUGUUCAGUUAUUUGCCAGCAACUACUUACUCAGCAGCUACAAGGUGCCAGGCACAGUUAUAGGCACCAGGAUACAGGAGUGAGCACAACAUAGAGUUCAGAGUCCUGAACUCUGAAGUUUGCACGCUGGUGGGGGAAGACAGGCAACACACAGUAAUGUAAUUUCAGCCAGUGACAAGAAUUGUGUAGGUGUUUUAGUCAUCUAGUGCUGCUAUAACAGAAAUACCACAAGUGGAUGGCUUUAACAAAGAAAUUUAUUUUCUCACAGCCUAGUAAUGUUACCAGUCCAAAUUCAGGGUGUCAGCUCCAGGGCAAGGCUUUCUCUCUUUGUUGGCUCUGGAAGAAGGUCCUUGUCCUCAAUCUUCCCCUGGUCAAGGAGCUUCUUAGGCGCAGGGACUCCGUGUCCAAAGGACACGCUGUGCUCCUGGUGCUGCUUUCUUUGUGGUAUGAGGUCAUCCACUCUCUGCUAGCUUCCCAUUCCUUUUAUCUCGUGAGAGAUAAAAGGAAAACUCCCUUUAUGUUGGAUCAGGGAAGUGACAUGGGUAAGGGUGGCAUUACAAUCCCACCCUACUAUUUUUAACCACAGGCAAAGAUGAUUAUAACACACAGGAAAAUUACAAAAUGGAGGACAACCACACGUGGCCUAACCAAGCUGAUACAUUUUGGGGGGGACAUAAUCCAUGACAGUAGGAAAUAAAAAAAAGAUGACAUGGUUGAAUAAGAAUCUACUUUGUAAACUUUCACCUAAUGCACAAUUAAAAAAAAAAUUUUUUUUUAAUGACAUUAUAGAAUUACUGAGAGUAGAGUACAUGAAGGCCUUUCUCAAAAAGUGGGUUUAUUGUUUGUUACAAUAAAGAACAUACACCUCGGGAAACAUGGGCUGUCUCAGUAGGAGGGUGCUGCUGUUAGCUCCUGACUCGUGGUGACUCCAUGCAAUAUGGAAGGAAAUCUCGCCUAGUGCUGCACCAUCCCCACGAUCAGUGCAUCAGACUGUUGGGAUCCACAGAGUUUUCUUUGGCUGAUUUUCAGAAGUAGAACACCAGGCCUUUCUCCAAGGCCUAUCUUAGGCUGGAAGCUUCCCUGAAACCUGUUUCACACCAUCACACCAUAGCAACUCACAAACCACCAAUGACAGACAGAUGGUGGCUGCACAAGAAGUGCGUUGGCCGGGAAUCAGACCUGGAUUUCUCACGUGGAAGGUGAGACCUCUACCACUGAACCACUAAUACUUUAAGAGGAUGUUGAAAAGCAACUAUUAUAGGAUUCGUGCUUUGGUGGGUGAAUUAGGGGAAGGCCUAAGAAGGCAGGAUUUUGCUCUAGGUUGGAUGCUGUCGGAAUGUGGGAGCAAUUCUACGAUUAUGCAUUUUUUGGAGUGGAACAGAGAUCUUGUUUUUGUCUGUGUUUAGACAAAAUUAUAAAGUGGCCUUGUUUUGGUUCAUUUUAUCAUGGCCUCAGAGUAACUUUUUCUGAGGUUGGUAUUCUGGGAGAUUGUUGAUGUUUGUGAGCAUCAGGCCAGCUUGUAAUACUCCUGAGGUCUAGCUCACAGUUUUAAAGUGAAAUUUUAAAUUACUUUAGAUUUGUCAAAUUUUCAGGAGCUUCCAUGAUAACUGGAGACCAUCUGGUUUAUGACAGCCCCUCCCUAUGUGGUAAAGAGAACAAUCACUAGAAGGGAUGGGAUUUGGACUAAGCCUAAACUAAAAAACCUAUUGUCUUCAAGGUGAUUCCAACUCAUGGAGACCCCAUGUGUUGUGGAAAAGAACUGCUUUAUAGGGUUUUCUUGGUUGUAAUCUUUACAGAAGCCGAUCACCAGGCCCUUUCUUCUGUGAUGCUUGCUGGAUGGGUGCGAAACGCCAACCUUUAGGUUAGUCGUCGAGAGCAAACAUUUUGUGCCACCCAGGGACCUAAGCCUAAACUAGAGACAGAGAAAUUGGAGAUAAGGGGUGGGCUUGGGAGGUGGGUUCAGAGGUUUACCAGGUCCUGCCCUUGUAAGUCCUCCACAGCUUCUCAGCUUUGUAUUAAUUUCUUUUCUUUUUUAAAGGAUAUAUGGUGGUUUAAGGUCCCUGGGUGGUGGAAACGGUUUCUCCUCAGCUACUAACCUAAAGUUUGGUGGUUUGUGCCAUAGGAAAAAGACCUGAAGAUCUGCUUCUGUAAAGAAGACGGCCAAGAAAACCUUAUGCAGCACGGUUCUCCUCUAACACAUGGGGUCUCCAUGAGUUGGAAUCCACUCAACAGCAAUGGGUUAUGGUGGUUUGUGAAUUCUUAUAACAUAAAAUUCUGAAAAAUGAGUUAAUCAGGAGGGAAAAUAAAGGCAGAAAAAAAAAUGGAACCAGGAUUGAGUUUAGCAACAAAAAUGUGGAAGGGCCUGUACUGCUGUCAAAGAGACCAAAAGUUGAUUCUAAGCUUUCUAGAAGUCAAAAUAAAGAGGAAACCUCUUUCUAGAAGUCAGAACAAAGAGGAAGACGA